GUGACGCAAUGACGUCCACGGUCUCUAAUGGCUGACCAACAACAACUAACAGCGGGCGACAAACUUUCCGUAACUUCCCCGGACAAGAAAGAAAGUUGGAAGUAGCGCUUUGUCUCGGCAGUGUCUCCGCUUAGCUCUGCUUCAUAAGCUGUUUCGGCUGUCAUAAAUGUGGAGUUACUGAUGGAUCCGCGAUAUGACAUUCCGCGGAGGGCCGCCGCCGCCGCCGGUGGCAGCGGAAGCUCCGCGAACUCUUCCCCCGCUCUGGGGGCUCAGUCCCGCCGCAGGAAGAUGCCUCCCCGACCCGCUGACUUCAAACUCCAGAUAAUAAUUAUUGGCUCCCGUGGAGUUGGUAAAACCAGCCUCAUGGAGAGGUUCACCGACGACACUUUCUGCGAGUCGUGCAAAUCGACCGUAGGCGUUGACUUCAAAAUCAAGACAGUUGAGUUAAGAGGGAAGAAGAUCAGACUACAGAUAUGGGACACUGCCGGCCAGGAGAGGUUUAACAGCAUCACAUCAGCCUACUACAGAGGAGCCAAGGGAAUAGUGCUGGUUUAUGAUCUCACUAAACAGGAGACCUUUGAAGACCUUCCUAAAUGGAUGAAAAUGAUAGACAAGUACGCCUCAGAGGAAGCCGAGCUGCUGCUGGUUGGGAACAAGCUGGACUGUGAGAGCGAUCGCAUCAUCUCAAGGCAACAGGGAGAGAGGUUUGCCUCUCGAAUAAGUGGGAUGCGCUUCUGCGAAGCCAGUGCCAAGGAUAAUUUUAAUGUGGACGAGAUUUUCCUUAAGCUUGUCGAUGACAUUCUCAGCAAGAUGCCUCUUGAAGUUCCCAACAAGGAGCUCUCCAACAGCGUCCUGUCUCUGCAGCCGGAACCUGAAGUGCCACCGGAGUUGCCCCCUCCCCGGAUGCGCUGUUGCUGAGGCUGGGUGUGUGGGAAUGCCUCCCCUCUCCCUCACCUCACCUUUCUCAUGCACAGCAGACGCUCUCUAGAAAGAAAGAAAAAAACAAAAACAUGCAGCGCACCGACGUGGCCACGUGGGGGCAGCACACAGCAGCACUUUAUAGCUGUUUGCUGCUGUAAUGUUGCAUGAAACGAGCAGUAUUAUGCUUUCUCUGUUGCUUCCUCUCCUGCGUUAGCGUACACUAUGACCUGCAGCACACUAACAUUUAGGCCUGGAGAAUCUUCCUCUUCCUGUCACCCUUCUAUCUACACGUGACCCAGACUACCUCAUUGUUUGGAUGGUUAAACUAGGUAUGUCUUCCAGGUAGAGAACCUCCUGGACACUUUCCUCAGAGGUGUGUGGGGGGGAAUUACUGGAGGCCCCGCAGCUUUUCUCACGUUUUUCUUUUCACGUCUCUCACGCUCGUUAAGUUUUAGGAUCGCCCGAGUCCCUCUGAGGCUAUCCUUUCAUUUUGAAACUUGCAAAGGGAUUACUUCUCACAACUCCCCAGCUCACUGCAAACUGUCUCCAUGUACAAAAAAAAAAUAUUUCUCAUAAGCUUCUGUUUUUUGUUGUUUUUUUUUUUACUAAGAGACAGAUUUAUUUAAAGUGAAUUAAAGCACAUUGGGGAAUAAAUAUAACGUGUUGCUGUAAUGACUGGACAAGGGGAAGAUGUUUGUGGCGAGCAGUAGGUUGCUAAAGCCACCGGUUUAUGUUACUUUACCUUGGAGUGUUAAAGUGGCUGAUAUGUGGCAAUUAAAUUCAUAUAAAUUGUAACGUUUUGCACUUCAAGGCAGAUUCACAUUUUAGACUGACACGGAGGACAACAAAGGACAGAAGUUGUAGUUUAGCACUAAUAAAACAAGCUGCUUCGGUCAGCAGUGGCUAAUCGCUGUAUGAGGGGAUGUAGAUGCAAGGGGAUAUGGGUAAUGUAGUCUUCAAUCUAUUUGUGUUAAGCAGGGAAGUUGUCUUGUGUGACGCUGGCUAAUCCAAGGGGAAUAAAGACGGAAAUACCGCCAGCACCCAAACCUAGUUUCAUCCUUUCCCGCUACUAAAACGUCGUCAUUGUUUCUUUUUUUUACCCGUUUCUUUUCUUCUGAAUUCAGAGACGGCAGAGGGAGGAGGGAAGAGAAAAGGGCUUAAAAGGUUGGAAAGCUGAAGGUGACUUGCUUAGUUUUCGUAUGACUCAGGAAUCUUUGGUUGUCUCAGAGCUGCUCAGUCUGGAUUAGUUUUUUUGAAUCGUAAUGAAUGAAAAUCCCACGACGUUAGAUGUUGUGACAUCUAGUGGCGAAGUUGUAAACUGCAUCUAAAACGACACGACUUUCCGCACAACAAAUCAUUUUUAUCACACUUAGACCGCUAAUUAUCUUGCAUUUCUUCAAAGUUUUGCUUUUGGGGUUGAAACACAGACUUUGGUUGUUUAUUUCCUUUUUUUUAUGGAGAUUAAAAAUGUGUUCUGAAUCUAUCGCAGAAUUAGGAGUGCAGCACUGUGAUUGUGCACAAAUACGUUUUUCUUUACAUUUCCUAAAAAAAAAAAAAAAGAAACCCACUCAAAAAGAACCUCAUUUAACAAUAUUGGACUUGUUUUCUGCUUUUUUUUAAAUAAAAAUGUUAUUAUUUUAGCAAUAAGAUUCAGAUUAUCGUCCAGCAGAAGACCCUUUGAGCAGAAAUUAUCUAGAGAAUUGGGAUUUUCAUCACGUGGUUGGAAGUGUGAGCAUUUUCUUCAGAUAGCGGUGUUUGUUUGGGAAUGAAACCUUUCUCCCUUUUGACGUUUUGGCACUAACCCUGUGAACUUUGUGCUAUUAACCAAGCCUUUUACUACUCUGUGGUUUUUAACUAUACAUUUAAAGAUUUGCGUUUUGUUUGAAAUGUUUCUCCUUUAUGAUGAAUGUCUGUUAUAUUGUGUCAAACCAGUUUCUGAAAGGUUUAAAGCAGAUUUGGCUGUAUUUAUAACUUGUGGCAUUCUUGAACUAAUGAAUUGCGAUUAAAGAUGUCUAUAUUUAUUACUAAA